AUCAUCAUCAUCACCUUUACAAUAUUAAUUAUCUAAAAAGUAAACCAAGAAAAAAGUCAGACUCGUUACUAUCAACGUAACCAAUUCCGUUUUGUUGUUUACAAUCUAAUCUCCCUUGAUUUACGUAUUAAACAACUACUCAAAUUGAUACAGUUUCCCUCGGUUUAAUUCAACUUAAUGUGGUUCCGGUUUAAUAAUCAAAAACCUUUUUGGACUUGAUCAAAAGACUUGUGUAAUAGUAUUUCGAGCUUUUUGAGCUCGGAGCCGCUUCUUCUUUUUCGUCUUCUUCCUCCUCUUGAAAACCUAAAUUGUUUUCUCCGAUGGUUGGAAACAGGCAGAGAUGGUUCUCUUUCCACCAAAGAUCCUCUUCAGCCACUGCUACAACUUUACCACAGCACAAACACGACGAGACUCCACCGGAGUUUCUUUGUCCCAUCACCGGUUUCCUCAUGUCGGACCCUGUAGUCGUCUCCUCUGGUCAAACCUUCGAGCGUCUCUCCGUUCAAGUCUGUCGUAACUUAGGGUAUACACCGGAUCUUUUAGACGGUACCCGACCCGAUUUCUCCACCGUCAUCCCAAAUCUCGCCAUUAAAUCCACCAUUUUCAGCUGGUGUGAUCGGAACAAAGUCGACCACCCUCGUCCUCCUGAUUCCGCUUACGUAGAAGCCGUGGUUCGUGCCCGAAUCGAUAAAGAUCCGAGCCCGACUCCGAGUCCGAGUCCGGGUCCUAAGGCUCCGGAGCCUGAGAUCCUCCCUCCUGUUGAAGAGAAUUCACCUUCGGAUUCGGAUUACGACGCAGUGAUGGAAGCGAUUCGAGCUCGAUCUAAGAGCUCAAUGUCACCGACGACGUCUCUCGAGUCGGUUACGAUUGGUCAGAGUCCAUUUCACCCAGCUCGAGCCGUUAGUAUGUUCUCUUCUUCCACUACUUCUUCUUCCUCUGGAGUUUUCGCUGGAGCUGAUAGUCCAUUUCGAAACGCCAUCUCUUUCUCUUCCUCCGAUCACUCUUCCUCUCCCAUGUCGCCGGAAGAAGAAGAGAUCUUCAACAAACUGAGAGGUACCGACAUUUUCGACCACGAGCAGGGUCUGAUUCUUCUAAGGAAGAUGACGAGAUCUAGUGAGGAUCUUCGGGUUUCGCUUUGUACAGAUCGGAUUCUCUCUUUUCUCCGAUCAUUGCUUGUUUCACGGUACAAUCUUGUCCAGACUAACGCCGCCGCGUCUUUGGUUAAUCUCUCGCUGGAGAAACAGAACAAAGUUAAGAUUGUACGGUCAGGAUUUGUUCCUUUGUUGAUUGACGUUUUGAAAUCGGGAACGACAGAGGCGCAGGAACAUGUUGCAGGAGCUUUGUUUAGCUUGGCGCUUGAAGAUGAGAAUAAAAUGGUGAUCGGAGUUCUCGGUGCGGUGGAGCCGCUUCUUCACGCUCUUCGUUCCUCAGAGAGCGAAAGAGCACGUCAAGACGCAGCUCUUGCGCUUUACCAUUUGUCGCUGAUUCCAAGCAACCGAACAAGGCUGGUUAGAGCUGGUGCGGUGCCGACUCUGCUUUCCAUGGUUAGAUCCGGCGAUUCGACCAGCCGGAUUUUGCUAGUGCUGUGUAACCUGGCGGCUUGUCCUGACGGAAAAGGCGCUAUGUUAGACGGAAACGCGGUGGCCAUUUUGGUAGGGAAGCUAAGAGAAGUCGGAGUUGGUGAUUCCGAGGCGGCACGUGAGAAUUGCGUGGCGGUACUGUUGACGCUUUGUCAAGGGAAUUUGAGGUUUAGGGGAUUGGCGAGUGAGGCGGGAGCUGAGGAAGUGUUGAUGGAAGUGGAAGAGAAAGGGAACGGACGGGUGAAGGAGAAGGCGGCGAAGAUAUUGCAGGCGAUGAGAGGAGGAGGAGGCGGGAGAGAGAGUGAGUUUGGGGAAAAUGCGGAGGCGCGUGAGUGGAACCGUAUGCUUGAAGCGACUGGGCUAAGUCGGACUCAGUUUCAAGGAGGGCAAAACGGGGGUUUUGCUUAUUCCUCCCAGUUCUAGCUUCUUCCUUUUUUUUCGUUAUUUAAUUGUUUUUUUUGUGGGUAUCUCUUUGCUCCUUACCUUUUUUUGGGCAAAUAUGAUAAUAUGUUUCCUUUUUUUGUUUGAUAAAAAUGGGUGUAAAUUAAUUAAUUUUGUGUGAAUUGUAAUAUGUGAUUAUUGUUUUUUUUUUCUUUUCCAACCAAAUGACAAAAGUGAAAUGUCCAUUUGUUUUGUAAAGAGAUGUCUGAUGUUUUUAUUUUAUUAUUUCCUCUCUUUUUCCUUACCU